UAAGGAAUGAAUAUAUAGAAACAUGAAUAUUAUAAUGAAUGGAGCCUAGUGACAAAAAAAUAAGUUGAAUGCAAUUCCUGAUGAACACCAAACCAUCACCAAACAUUGAGCAUCAUCGUAUCACAAUGCUGCUUCCAUAUCUCCUCUUAUUUAUGAUCCAUCUCUCCCCUAGUUGUUUAACCGCCCAAGAGGGCGAGUGGCGCCUCCUGCAGGAGAGCAUCGGCAUUUCCGCCAUGCAUAUGCAGCUGCUCAAGAACAACAAAGUCGUCAUCUUCGACCGCACCGAUUUCGGACCCUCCAACCUCUCCCUCCCCGGCGGCAGGUGCCGCAACGAUCCCAACGACAAGGUGCUCAAAACAGACUGCACCGCCCACUCCAUUCUCUACGAUGUGCGGAUGAAUGCCUUCCGCGCCUUGACCGUCCAGACCGACACCUGGUGCUCCUCCGGCUCAGUCCUCCCCAACGGCACCCUCGUCCAGACCGGUGGUUUCAACGACGGCGACCACGCCGUCCGCACUCUGGCCGCCUGCGCCGGCUCCACCUGCGACUGGGUUGAGUUCCCCCACGUGCUCACCGAGCGCCGCUGGUACGCCUCCAACCAGAUACUCCCCGACGGCCGCAUCAUCAUCGUGGGCGGCAGAGCGCAGUUCAACUACGAGUUCUACCCUGGGAAUUCCGAAUCAAUUCGGUUAGAUUUCCUCCGCGAAACAAAAGAUGGAUACGAGAACAAUCUGUAUCCGUUUCUGCACUUGCUCCCCGAUGGGAACCUCUUCAUCUUCGCCAACAGACAAUCAAUCAUUUUCGACUACAAGCAAAACCGCGUGGUUAGGUAUUUUCCCGCCAUCGCCGGGGGAGAUUCUAGAAACUACCCGAGCUCGGGGUCCUCCGUCCUGCUCCCCAUCGACGAGAACAGCACCCCGGUAGCCGCGGAGGUCAUGAUCUGCGGCGGCUCGUCGCACAACGCGUUCCAGCUGGCCGAGAGGGGGACGUUCCUCCGCGCCGCCACCACCUGCGGCCGCCUCCGAGUCACCGACGACCAGCCAGUUUGGGAGAUGGAGAAGAUGCCGAGUGCGCGGGUGAUGAGCGACAUGCUGCUCCUCCCCACCGGCGACGUGAUCAUAAUCAACGGCGCCGCAUCGGGCGCCGCGGGGUGGGAAUCGGCGAGGAAUCCGGUUACUACUCCGCACAUCUACAAACCUGACUCUCCUACCGGUAGAAGGUUCACGGUGGCCGCAGCCUCCCCACGGCCGCGGAUGUACCACUCGACGGCGAUCCUUCUCUCCGACGGCCGGGUGCUGGUUGGCGGCAGCAAUCCUCAUAUAUACUACAACUUCACCGGCGUGGAUUUUCCCACGGAUUUGAGCCUAGAGUCGUUCUCUCCGCCGUACCUGUCGGCGGAGUACGAUCCGCUGAGGCCUCGGAUCGUGAGAAUGAGCGGCGCGGUGAGCUACAACAAGUCGUUCACGUUGAGCUUCAAAGUGGCGGAGUUCCUGGAGGCGAGCGCCGUGUCGGUUAGGAUAAUGGCGCCGCCGUUCAACACGCACUCGUUCUCGAUGAAUCAGAGGAUGGUGGUGCUGAGGGGGAUUGAGGUGUCGUGCAUGGGGUCGGAGACGUAUGCGAUUGCGGCGUUGGGGCCGUCGGCGCUGGAGAUCGCGCCGCCGGGGUAUUACGUGUUGUUCAUCGUGCACGCUCAAGUUCCGAGUUCCGGAAUAUGGAUUCAGAUUCGGUGAUAUGUGCAUGGGAUUUCAAAAUACAUUGUUUAUGGCGGAUGUAUUCAACAGUUUAGUUGCCUCGAAUGGGCUUCGGAGGUCGUGAUUAUAAAUAGAAAAUGUGAGAUAUAUAUAAAUAAGUGACACGCGAUACAUACUUCACAAACAACGCAUUCAUUGAAUAUCAGAUUUUUCAAUUGUACACCAAAGCUACAGAGAAAUGAGACAACAAAUAAUAGUAUGAUUUUUAUUGUUGCUGCAA